UGGCCAAGGCUUCAUGUCAGUGCUUGCACCCCAAGCUCAACAGUUCUCGAUUCUGAUACACCAAAUAUUUGGUGUUGAACUUGCGAUUGAGAGUGGUCUGAAACGAGUGUGCGAUUAGCUCCCCAUACCUAUCGAUAACAAGGUAGUGAGCAUUCUAACUCUCCGAGACGUAGCCGAGCCUGUCGAUCGUCCAGAUGGUAGCCUACAACAUCGUAUUUGCCGGAGAAACUGGAGUCGGGAAGAGCUCCCUUAUUAAUCUUCUCUUUGAUCUGGAAGUAUCCCCGACGUCCAACGACAUUCUAGGAGUCACAGAUGAAAGGAAACGAUUCAUCGCUGUCCAGGAUGGGGAUGUCUAUCGCCUAUGGGAUACACCCGGUUUGAACGAAGGAACUCACGGGAACGUCUUAACACGCCAAGCCAUGAAAGAACUAGAAUCUCUUUUCAAGGAGUUAGAGGCUGUGGGCGACGUCCAUCUCCUCGUAUUCUGUUUCCGGUUCACCAAAUAUUUCACUACUGGCCUCCAAAGAGUAUUCGAAUCCGUCAUGGCUUCUAUACACGGUAGUCAAGUGCCUAUCGUUGCAGCUGUAACGCAUGCGGACGAGAUGAGGCAGACUCCGGAAAGCUGGUGGAACCUAACCGAGAGUCAGCGCCAACAAAAAGAGUUGAUAUUUGCAGAUUACGCCUGCGUAUCAACUUUGGAAGAUGAGGACUAUCCUCCGACACCGGGAAGACGGGAAAAGGCCAAGCAUGACAUGUGGCGGUUGAUCAAGAAUCGUGCCAAACCAUUGCUACCAGACAACUCCCUUCCCAAGGAGGUCAAUGUAAUUCUUUUUGGACAAACGGGAGUUGGGAAGAGUUCGGUCGUGAACUUGAUCGCUGGUCGGCCUGUUGCCGAAGUUAGCCCGGAUGCGGAAGGUUGCACCAUGAGCUCUACAGAAUACCGGUUCGUAGUGGGAGCACACGAUUUCCGCAUCUGGGACACAGUUGGUCUUGAAGAGCCUGCAGUCGGAAUGAACACAUAUUUCGGAGCCAUAUUGAAAGCGUUGCAGCUGAUCCGUGGGGUGGCAGCUGCCGGUGGGAUCAACCUUCUCCUGUUCUGUAUGCCAGGUCGAAGGGUCACAAAGACUGUCCAAAGCAAUUACCGGUUAUUUUAUGAGAUGCUUUGCGAGAGUAAAGUUCCCAUUGGCCUAGUCAUAACCAAUUUGGAACGGGAGAAGGACAUGGAAGACUGGUGGAUGCGAAACAAGAGAGCUCUUCACGACCACGGCAUCAAGAGCGUUGGACACGCUUGCGUAACUGGAUUGCCAUAUCUUCCGGAGAAAUAUGCAUUGUCCAGAGCUGCAAUAUACGGCUUGCUGACGGACUGCGACCGUUUCGGGAAAUAUAUCAUGCCCCCUGAAAUUUGGUUCAAGAGGGUGGCGAGGAAUAUGAAAUCGCUUGUCACGGGUGGAAGCCUACCGAAAGGCGAGAAGCUUACACAGGCGUUAUUAAUGCGGGGUGGGUUGAAGGAAGAUGAUGCUAGGCGAUUGAGAAAGUGCCUCGAGGAGCCUGAACAUGAAGGUACGUGUUUUUAAGCAGCUACCGCGGGACUCCUUGCUUUCUAGACACAAGAUGGGAAUAUGUAUGACGAAACUGCUUAAGCUUUGCGUGGCACAGAACCUU